AGACAAGACUUCAACAUGAUCCAGUACCUGCUCAUGACUCUUUGCCUCCGGGCUGUGACUGCGACACCUCUCGACAGCCGUGUGGUGGGAGGGGAGGAAGCAAGCCCACACAGUUGGCCGUGGCAGGCCUCUCUACAGUUUGCGUAUGACUUUGACCCCGAUUUCUUCCAGCAUAUGUGCGCUGGAUCUCUCGUGACUCCGAACUGGGUCUUGACCGCUGGUCACUGCAUCGUUGACGUCCCAGGAAGAUUUGCGGUUAUGCUUGGAGAACACGAUUUGUAUCAGAAAGGCAACGAGUACUUGCGACACAUCAAGACAAUCAUCAUUCACCCUGAAUUCAACCCAGACGUUCUCGCAAACGGAAACGAUAUUGCCCUCCUGCGGAUGGCAGAGCCAGCAUACAGCACUCCCGAUGUAGAGAUAGCGAACCUCGCCGAACCCGGGUCGAUACUUCCCAAUGGGUACCCCUGCUAUGUGACUGGAUGGGGCUUAACCGAACCGUUCGGCAUUCCCUCUGCCACCCUCCAGGAAGCCAACUUGGCAGUAGUGGACUACGCCACAUGCUCAUCGCCCUACUGGUGGUCAGGAGUGGUCACUCCGAACAUGAUCUGUGCCGGAGGUGAUGGCAAGUCUGGUGGAUGCCAGGGAGAUUCAGGUGGGCCUUUGAACUGCAUGGAUGCUAAUGGAGUUUGGCGUGUGCAUGGCAUUGUGAGCUUCGGACCAGGGUCCUGCAUCGUGGCUCAUUACCCUACUGUCUUCACCCGAAUAUCAGCGUACAAUGAUUGGAUUUCCAAGACCAUGGAACAAAACGGUGGCGUUUAAGACAGUUCCGGCAUUUGUUCGACCAACAGAAUGGAGAAAUGACUUCUUCGAAACCUGAAUUUGUUAAUAAAACAGGAUUUGCUGAGUUAAGCUGGUUUUAUUUCAUUUU